ACAGCAUGUGAGCAUAAUAGAUACAGUAACUAAUUAGUUGGUUGGUUCGUAGAUUGGUAGGUUGUGCUGCUGUUUUAAGAUCUUUACAGUAAAGCAGACAGACAGAGAAACCAGUGCUGGGCCCAGGAGAGGGAGGGUUCAGGCUGAUGAAUAACUGUGUUGACAUUACAUUUUCCUGUUUCACAGCUAGCCCUGUAAUGUAUUGAUACUCAUUCACGCAGCAGGAGAGUCACCUGCUCUGCCGUCACCGAGGACAGAAGUGUGACUGACGAGCUUCAUCUGAGAAAAGCAGCUUUCUGCAGACAAUGGCCUCGUCGGGUAACAUGCUACCAGAAAAACAGUUCCAGUGCACCAUCUGUCAGCAGGUGUUCACCGACCCGGUCACCACUCCCUGCGGACACAACUUCUGCCAGGCCUGCAUCCAGAAUGUGUGGCACAGCAGCGAGGUGUGCCAGUGCCCCACCUGUAACAAACAAUUCACCUCCCGGCCUGAAAUAAGCAUCAACACGGCCUUCAAAGAGCUGGCAGACACAUUCAGGAAGAUUAUAGUCUGUUCCUCGGCGUCACCGCAGUGCGCGGCCAAACCGGGCGAGGUGGCGUGUGACGUCUGCGCCGUGACCUCCCUGCAGGUGAAGGCCCUGAAGUCCUGUCUGGUGUGUCUGACGUCGUACUGCGAAGCCCACCUGGAGCCCCACCGGAGAGUGGCCACCCUGAAGAUCCACAAGCUGAUUGACCCGGUGAAGAACCUGCAGGACAGGAUGUGCAAGAAGCACGAGAGGCUGCUGGAGAUGUUCUGCAGGGACGAACACAAGUGUGUGUGUCAGUUCUGCACCGAGACCCAGCACAAAGGCCACCAGACUGUUAGGAUAGAGGACGAGUGUGUUGAGAGGAAGGUCCAUAUGAAGAAGACUGAGGCAGAUUUCCAGCAGAUGAUCCAGGAACGAAUGAAGAAAGUGGAGGAGAUCAAAAGCUGUCUGAAGCUCAGCAACACGAGUGCAGAGAAGGAGAUGAAGGACAGCGACCGUCUCUUUAUGUCUCUGAUUCGCUCCAUCGAGGAGAGACGAGCUGGGGUCAACGUGAAGAUUAAGGAGAAGCAGAAAGCAGCAGAGACGAGGGCAGAGGAGCUCGUCAACGAGCUACAGCAGGAAAUCGAUGAGCUGCAGAGGAGAAACGCUGAGAUGGAGGAGCUGAGGGACAGCGAGGACCAUCUGCACGUCCUACAGAGGUCGCCCGCUCUUAUGUCUCCUCCACUCACCAGAGAGUGGACGGAGAUCGGCGUCCACUCUGAACUCUGUGUGGGGACGGCGAGGAGAGCGCUGUCUAAACUGGACGACACCCUGAAGAAUGAACUGGACGGUCUGAAGACAGAAGAGAUGAAGAAGAUGCAGAAAUAUGCUGCUGAUGUGGUUUUUGACCCGGACACCGCCCAUCCAAACAUCGUCCUGUCAGCUGACGGAAAGCAGGCGGGCCGCGCCGAGCUGCUGCACAUCGUGCCCGACAACCCCCAGCGCUUCGACCCCGUCAUCUGCGUUGUGGGCAAGAGAGGCUUCCUGUCCGGGAGGUUCUACUUCCAGGUUGCAGUUGGGACAAAAACCUACUGGGACCUGGGCGUGGUCAAAGAGUCCGUCAACAGGAAGGGGAUGAUCACCUCCAACCCAGAGAACGGCUAUUGGACGGUGCGGCUGAGGAGCGGGGAGGAGUAUCGCGCCUUGGACUCCCCCUCAGUCCGUCUUUCCUCCAAGGACAAGCCGAAAAUUAUCGGAGUGUUUACGGAUUACGAGGCGGGAGUCGUGUCGUUCUUUGACGUGGAGGCCAGGUCUCACAUGUACACCUUCACUGGGUGCAUGUUCUCGGAGAGGAUCUUCCCCUUCUUUAGCCCGGGUGUUUUUGAUGAAGGGAAGAAUACAGCGGCAUUGGUUAUCACGGCUGUCAAUCAUUAAACAUGAGGAUGAGCCUUAUCGAUUUUGACUUACAGAGCUGAUUAAAUUGACACAUGUUCUAUUACACAGACUCAUGACCAGCGAGCCACCAGGGGGCGAUCAAGAUGUUUUGGCUUCACUUUUCGGGAGCUGUCACGUCGGCCUUCUUUAUAUACAGUGUAUGUCAAAGACAGAAUCUUAAAAACCUCUACCCUUUGAUAAAACACAGCCAACCACAAUCAGACGGCUGAAACACCAGCAGCUGCUUAAAUGAUCAGAAUUGCUCCCUGAAGUAUUUUACAAUAGAAAGUAAGCCUAUAGUCCUGUUAGUAAUAUGUUUAAUUUUCAUAUGUUAUACAGGGUUUUUGUAUUAUUAUGCAUUGUUCAAAGGCCUCAGGGGGGCUGAGGAGGUAUACACUACAGCCCAGUAUGAAUGUACUUUUUAGGAGAAAGGAUUGAUAAUGCCAAAUGCCAAACUUCUAAUCAAAUCAUCAAACCUGUGCAAAAUUGUACCUGACAUGUUCAUGGUUGUGUUGUGCCAAAUGGACUUUACAGGCUUAGCAUAUCAUUGUGUUUGCAAUGCAGACUUUUAACUGAAUUUUACAUUACAUUGACAUUCAGGUGGUGCUGAUUAACCUGAUCAAAAAUGCUACGAGAAUAAUGCCUCGACUAGCGUGUUCCAAUCAGUGUUUCUAUGGUGAUUUGUUUUUGGAAAUAAAGAAACUUGUUCUACUCUUG